CUGCCCCUCUGCGCCAUGCCCGGGGUGCCCACCCCCAGCCCGGAGCCGCCCCUGUUCGAGGAGGCCCCCCUGCGGCAGGCCCUUCAGGAAGUCCGCCAGGAGUUGCAGGCGUGGCGCCAGGCCGUCGAGCACCGCGUGGAGGUGGCCCUGGGCUCGGUGCGCCCGCUGGCUGCCGCCCUCGCCCAGCUGCGGGAGGAGAAUGCCGCCCUGCGGGCCGAGCAGCGGCGGCUCAGCCGGGACGUGGCGCUGCUCACCCUCUACCUGGGCGAGGAGGAGAAGGACCCCAGCACCCUGCUGCUGGAGGCGGAAGAUCCCUGCGCCCAUUUUGUGGGCACCGAGGAGGCCGGGCAGCCGACGGCCCACCCGCCCACCUUCGCCAGCACCAGGAGGCACUCGGAGGUCCACCUCUCUCGCAGCGGGAGUUUUAUGGAAGCCGAGGUGCCGGUGCACCGCGAGGCAGCCGACUCGGCAUUGUCAAACGGCACCGAGAAAGAGAAGCCACAGGCCCAGGAGCUGCACCAGCGAAGCCGUCUGAGUGCCGAAGAGCUGAGCAAAAUUGAGGAAGAGCAUGUGUUGGAUAAGAUGCUGGAUCAGACCACAGACUUUGAGGAGCGGCGGCUGAUACGGGCCGCCAUGCGGGAAUUGCGCCAGCGGAAACGAGAGCAACGAGAAAAGGAGCGCAGCUUGCGGAUCCAGGAAGCCAAAUCGAGAGGGGCCACCCACACCACAGAGACCACGGCCCGGCAGAGCGCCAUGUCCGCCGAUGGCUCAGCCAUCAGCACCGUCACCAAGACCCAGCGCCUUGUCCAGUCCAAUGAUGGCAGCAAGACUUCCCGCACGAUGAUGAUGGAGUCCAGCUACGUGAAGAGAUCGGAAACAGACGGCAACACCUUUGUCCAGACCAAAUCGUCCUACAGCACAUCGUCUUCCAAGAAAGUCGGCAGCAUCUUCGAGCGAGAGGACGAGACCUCUGGGCGUGCUGGCAGCCUGGCCGCCCUGGAACGUCGCCAGGCUGAGAAGAAGAAGGAGCUCAUGAAGGCUCAGAGCCUGCCCAAGACGUCGGCUUCACAAGCCCGGAAGGCCAUGAUUGAAAAGCUGGAGAAGGAGAGCGGCAGCCCAGCCAACCCAGCCGUGUCCCGGGUGGCGGUCCAGCGCUCGGGCAGCUUUGGGGUCCCCAACGCCAGCAGCAUCAAGCAAAUGCUGUUGGAUUGGUGCCGUGCUAAGACACGGGGCUACGAGCACGUCGACAUCCAGAACUUUUCCUCCAGCUGGAGCGACGGCAUGGCCUUCUGCGCCCUCGUCCACAACUUCUUCCCAGAGGCCUUUGAUUAUGCCCAGCUUUCACCGCAGGACCGGCGGCGCAACUUCGAGAUGGCGUUCUCGGCAGCUGAGGUGCUUGUGGACUGCGUGCCCUUGGUGGACGUGGAAGACAUGAUGAUCAUGGGGAAACGUCCCGACGCCAAGUGCGUCUUCACCUACGUGCAGUCCCUCUACAACCACCUGCGGCGCCACGAGCUCCAGAUGAGGCAGCAGCGCUUCUAGCCUUCCUCUCCCGCCCCCCCUCUCCCCCCUUCCCUCCGAAAACAUCCAGCCUAGCCUGUCCCCCAUCAACCCACCCACCCCCCGGGUGCGGCAGCAGGGGAAAGGAGGAUGUCUUCGCUUGCUCCUCUGGUCCCGAUCCGUGUUCCUGCAGCCCCACCUCCUCCCCCCUGCUUUCAGAGAACUCUUACUAUGGGCAGGAGCCACCCGCAGCAGCAAAAAGGCAAGAGGAACCAACACCCCCCCACACACACUCCCGCUACAGCAGGCUGGGCAGUUGGCAAUCCAGGCCGGUUUGGAGGGGACCGGCCGAGCUUAGACCGCUCUACGGAGAGAACCGGGACUGCCCUUCUCAUCCGCACGUGCUUUUUAUAUUAUUGUUGUCGUUGUCGUUAUUUACUGUAAGUUAUUCCCAUUUCCUCCUUUUUCGAAACUCCCUUUUUUGCAUCGUGCACAGCCGAGCAGCAUUACGGGCAGAGACCUGUGCAGGUGUGAUUGACUGACCACGCGUCUUGUCUGUACCUUUGAACGGCUAAAUGCUGGAGCGUGCUAAAGGGGGGGGGUGCGUUGUCGUCUGUGUGUGCAGAUCUUAACUCGUCCCUGCUUCCCACCUCCCCCAAAUCCUUGAACUGCAAUGAUCGUUGCAAGUGCAGAGCCUGCUCAGCAGGUUAUAGGUGCCCCCCCCCGACACCAGGUGUUAGGAACGUAGAUAGCUACCUUCUGUCAAGCCAAACCGCUGGUCCUUUCUAUCUUAAUAUUGGCAACCAUGACUUGCGAGUGGCUUUCUAGGCUUUCAGGAGACAUUUGCAGCCCUAGCUGGAGAUGCUGCCGGGACUUAAACCUGGGACCUUCUGCAUGCCAAGCAGAUGUUCUGCCAUAAAGCUAAAUGCAGCUUUUUCCUAUACUGCUUCUGUUGAUCCAUCUAGCUCAGUAUUGUCUACACUGACUGGCAGUGGCUCUCUAGGAUUUUUAAUAGGGAGACUCCCCCAGCCCUAGCUGGAGGUGCUGCCGGGACUUGAACCUGGGACCUUCUGCAUGCCAAGCAGAUGUCCUGCCAUAAAGCUGAAUGCAGCCUUUUCCUAUACUGCUUCUGACUGUUGAUCCAUCUAGCUCAGUAUUGUCUACACUGACUGGCAGUGGCUCUCUAGGGUUUUUGAUAGGGAGGCUCUCCCCCAGCCCUGCCUGGGGGUUGAACCUGGGACAUUCUGCAUGCAAAGCAGAUUCUCUACCGCUGAGCUAUGGCAGAGGGCCUCUUCCUUCACCACCUUCGAGGCAGAGGUCUUGCACUUUCCUCGUGCCUCCCUCCCCACACUUCCAGAAGAGGAACCCAAUUAUAAAUGUAGUGCACAGGCCCCACUGGGCUGGGACUGCGCCUCUUCUGGAUUGAACCCUGCUGGCACCAGUGGGUAGGAGAAGCAAGGCUUUUUCAGAUGGCAAAUAGCUUCUUUCCUGGCCAAGAAAGGGUGAAAGCUGGACGAGGGAUAGGAGGAGACCUCAGGGCCACCCCUGAAUCCUGACCGAAACGCCUCCUGAAAUCAGCUCGUUUAGAAAAGUGCAGUUUUUGAAGUUGUGGGGUAACUGGACAGAGAUGUGGGUGUUCUUUGCUGCUUGGGGUAGAGGACAGAUUUUUUUUUUUUAAGAGAAACAAACUGUGUUCCCUGUCUGAAUGGUGGUGGUGAAGGGCACACUCUGCACCAGCUCAGAAGCUCCCUUGCAAGCACAGGGCAUGCCAGUUCCCAUCUCUUGGCCACCAUGUUUGCUGAAAUCAAGUAUUGCCCAUCCAUGUGCCCUAUGUGUAUAUUCACCCAUGGCUCUGCCAGCCCAGGAGCGAUUGUGGUCAACUCUGGGUGCUUAGACAUGGCAGGAGAGGGGGGGAAACCAUGUGGGUUUCACUCUGGUGUGGCCUCUCUGUAUGGAACAGUUCUCCUGCCUGCGCACCAUCGAGCAAUAUCCACUCUGUUCCUGGAAUUCCCCAGCGCAUCAGCCUUCAGCCCUUUGCACAAGUCUCCUUUCCUUUUGAGGGCCUGAUUAAUACGGGAAGGUUGGGGCAGAUGAGCCAGCUGAGACCGACUGGAGCCUGGAGCGAGGGACGGACAGCGGGAUGUGCUCCUCUGACACCGCUCUCAGCACUCAGCCACGCGCCCGAUUGUAACGGUUCUUGCACUAGCACAAGGAUGUUUAUGUAGGCACCAGCAAGACAAUAAAAGUUUGGAUAGACUGUUU